AAAGACAGAUGACUAGAAAUAUUAAAACAAAGAGAAAAAGGAUAAAGAAAAUACAUAUUUCUUCCCCCUACUAAGCUAGCUAAAAUAAAAUUUAAGGCAACUGAAAUAUGCAUUCAAUCUACAUGAGACGAGACCCCAGCAUCCCUAUCUAUGGACUCCGACAGUCCAUUUUACUAAACACCAGGCUGCAGGACUGCUAUGUGGACUCACCAGCUCUCAUCAACAUCUCGAUGGCCAGAACAUGUGCAAAGCAGAACAUCAAUGCUCUUGUACCAGGUACAACCUCUUCUUGGGAAGUCGUAAAGGACCCGUUAAUUACCAGUUCAUUCCCCCUGGUUAAGCUUAUGCUCAGGCGGCAACUGAAGGAUAAGUGCUGUCCAGUACCACCCAAGUUUGGAGAAGCAAAACUCUCGAAGAGAUUAAAGCCCAAGGACAGUUCGGUGACGAAAGCCACCCCGCCGGCCAGGAUAAGAAACCCCAUCAGUUCCAGGAGCAAGCAGUCAGCCGGGCAGCUGCUGGGCUCACCUAGGCGCAGGAGGUCUGCAGGAGGCAUCAGAGAGAGUAAAGAAAGUUCAAAGGAGAAAAAACUAACAGUCCGCCAAGAUCUUGAGGACAGAUAUGCUGAACAUGUGGCUGCCACCCAAGCACUACCCUGGGACAGCGGGACAGCAGCCUGGAAGGGCCAACCAUUGCUUCCUGAAAGCCGAAAGAAACAGCAGUUGUCAGAGGACAUGCUAACCAUCCAUGGCCUUCCCACAGAGGGUUAUCGGGCUCUGUAUCACGCUGUGGUGGAGCCAAUGCUGCGGAAUCCUUCAGGAACUCCCAGGAGGUACAGCUUGGAACUGGGCAAGGCUAUUAAACAAAAGCUCUGGGAGGCUCUGUGCAGUCAGGCUGCCAUCCCCAAAGUUGCUCAGAAGGACCUGUCCCUGGGCAGGAAGCGGCCGGGCGUCUAUAAGAAGCCUGUGCUCAAGAAAUGGCCCAAGUUAAAGAGCAAAAAAUAGGAACAGGAACUCAUGGUGUUAGGACAUUCUCUGCUAGAUGUCUGAAAAAUAAACACCAAUUUGUACCUUC